AUGAAAGUCUCUAUGGCUUUAAAGGGCCUGAUUUUCCUUGCCGCUAUGAUAUGGCCUUGCACUGGGAUCAUCAGUGGAGUGCAAAUAAAUUGUUCUAUGGACUGGUUGAUGAUCACGAUUACACCAUGGGUGCACAGCAAGAAUCUGUAUCUGUUUGCCGAUGAAUUUUACCUGGGUUUGGGUUGCCCCGUGACUCGAAUACAAACAUAUGCAUAUGAUUUUAUAUAUCCUGUUAAUGAAUGUGGCAUCAGAACAAAGGUUGUUUCAGAGGAUACCCUCCUUUUUCAAACUGAGCUGUACUUUAUCCCAAGGAAUAAGCUUUGUGACAGUCAGAAAAUCCCUUUGGAGUGUUCUGCCUCUAGGAAAUCAGUGUGGCUUAAGCCAGUUUCUACUGCUAAUGAGAUAAAGUUGAAUCCCAGUCCCUUUAUGACUGACUUUGAGCCAACACCAGAAGAGUUAGGUUUGUUAGGUUAUAGUGAAAAUGGCUUCCUCCCUUAA